AUGUUCAAUAUAUCUAAUUGGUUCGGUAACACGUUAAAAGAAAUUAAACCUUCGAAUCGCACACUUGGAUUCGAACAUAUUUAUGUUAUUCAUCUUAAUUACCGAGAAGACAGACGGGAAAAAAUGGACAAAUUAGUUUCCUAUCUUAAUUUGGACGUUGAAUAUUUUGAUGCCGUUUCUAAAUUUGAUAAAAUACUUCAAAAGUAUGCUAAUGAAAAUGGAGAAGUAACCGUUGGUCAAAGAGCUUGUUACGUUACUCAUUAUUUAGUCUAUCAUACAGUAAUUGAUAAAGGCUUUAAUAACGUUUUAAUUCUAGAAGAUGAUGUGGACUUUGAAAGUAAUAUCACCGAUAUUAUGACUGAUAUCCAUCGUAAUUUACCAGAAUCUUGGGAUACGUUAUUCCUAGGCCAUUGUUAUGAAACGAGAGGUCAACUUGUAGGCAAUAGUUCAUUUCCAAACCAAUUGUACAAAUCAAUGCAACCACAAUGUGCACAUGCUUAUGGAAUUUCGAAAUCUGGUGCCAGCAAGAUAUUAGAAGCGAUAGAUCCAAUGAAUCCACGAGGACCGAUUGAUUAUGAGAUUGCAUUGCAAGUUGAAAAUGAAGGGAUCAUAUCAUACAGUGUUCACCCACAACCUAUUAUACAAUGUAAAAUUGAUAAUCCAUCUGAUGUCGCUUUAACAUCGUAUUAUCCAUUUGUGUUAACAAAUUCUACCAUGGCUUUACUUGGGCUUCUUAAUGAAAAUCAAGACAAUAAACAAUGGAUGC